AUGGGUGCUGGCGCCAGUGCAGAGGAGAAACACUCCCGCGAGCUGGAGAAGAAGCUCAAGGAAGAUGCAGAGAAGGAUGCCAGAACAGUCAAACUGCUGCUUUUGGGAGCUGGCGAAUCUGGGAAGAGCACGAUUGUAAAGCAAAUGAAGAUCAUCCACCAGGAUGGAUACUCCCUGGAAGAGUGCCUGGAGUUCAUCUCCAUCAUCUACAGCAACACCCUGCAGUCCAUGCUGGCCAUCGUGCGGGCCAUGGGCACGCUGAGCAUCCAGUAUGGAGACUCGGCCCGGCAGGAUGAUGCCCGUAAGCUGCUUCACUUGGCUGACACCAUCGAAGAGGGCACCAUGCCCAAGGAGAUGUCUGACAUCAUCGCCCGCCUCUGGAAGGACACAGGCAUCCAGGCCUGCUUCGAGCGAGCCUCGGAGUACCAGCUGAACGACUCGGCCGGCUACUACCUGAGCGACCUGGCGCGCCUGGUGGCUCCUGGCUACGUCCCCACAGAGCAGGACGUGCUGCGCUCCAGGGUCAAGACCACUGGCAUCAUCGAGACCCAGUUCUCCUUCAAGGACCUCAACUUCAGGAUGUUCGACGUAGGUGGCCAGCGCUCCGAGCGGAAGAAGUGGAUUCACUGCUUCGAAGGGGUCACCUGCAUCAUCUUCAUCGCUGCCCUCAGUGCCUACGACAUGGUCCUGGUGGAGGACGACGAAGUGAACCGGAUGCAUGAGAGCCUUCAUCUCUUCAAUAGCAUCUGCAACCACCGCUACUUCGCCAUCACCUCCAUUGUCCUCUUCCUCAACAAGAAGGACGUCUUCCUGGAGAAGAUCAGGAAGGCCCACCUCAGCAUCUGCUUCCCCGAUUAUGACGGACCAAACACGUUCGAGGAUGCAGGCGCCUACAUCAAGGUCCAGUUCCUGGAGCUCAACAUGCGCCGGGACGUAAAGGAGAUCUACUCGCACCUGACCUGUGCCACUGACACUGAGAAUGUCAAGUUCGUCUUUGACGCCGUCACCGACAUCAUCAUCAAAGAGAACCUCAAGGACUGUGGCCUCUUCUGA